UGGGUCAGCAGACCAACUCCUCCACCAACUUUGCUUCCAUACACCUCUGCAAAGAUUUCAUACUCACUCGAGAUUUUGCUCUUACCACAAGAUGACGAGAAUUUUAACAACUUGCAAAAUGGUGAAAACUUUAAGAAGAGGGUAUGGUGUUUUCCACAGGGCUGCUCAGCACAGCCAAUACUUUUCAAAAACUGGUAUCCAGUCACUCAGUGUGAAGGCACAGACUGCCAACUUGGUCUUGGAAGAUGGAACCAAGAUGAAGGGCUACUCCUUUGGCCAUCCUUCCUCUACAGCUGGAGAAGUUGUGUUCAAUACUGGCCUUGCUGGGUAUACAGAAAGUUUGACUGACCCCAGCUAUCAUGGGCAGAUUCUCACAAUGGUUAAUCCCAUCAUAGGCAAUGGUGGAGUUCCAGAUACUACUGCUUUGGAUGAAAUGGGUCUCAGCAAGUUUUUGGAGUCUGACGGCAUCAAGGCUUCAGGCUUGCUUGUGUUGGACUAUAGCAAUGAAUACAGUCACUGGAGGGCUGUCAAAACCCUUGGGGAAUGGUUGAAAGAAGAAAAGGUCCCAGCUCUUUAUGGUAUUGAUACCAGAAUGCUCUCUAAAAUGAUUCGAGACAAGGGCACUGUUCUUGGGAAAAUUGAAUUUGAGGGUCAGCCUGUGGAAUUUGUGGAUCCAAAUGAGAGAAAUCUGAUUGCAGAAGUGUCAACCAAGGCCGUCAAAGUAUAUGGCAAAGGAAAUCCAAUCAAAAUUGUGGCUGUGGACUGUGGAUUAAAGCAGAAUGCUAUUCGUUUACUAGUAAAGAGAGGAGCUGAAGUACAUCUGGUUCCUUGGAAUCAUGAUUUCACCCAGAUGGACUAUGAUGGGCUUUUCAUUUCCGGUGGUCCUGGUGAUCCAACACAAGCACAAGAGCUCAUUAGGAAUGUCAGAAAGGUCCUAGAGAGUGACCACCAGGAGCCAUUGUUUGGAAUUGGUUCAGGAAACCUAAUCACUGGCCUAGCAGCAGGGGCUUCAUCCUACAAAAUGCCCAUGGCCAACAGGGGACAGAAUCAGCCGGUCGUGAACAUGAUGAAUGGACAGGCUUUCAUUACUGCUCAGAAUCAUGGCUAUGCGAUCGACAGCAACUCCCUCCCUCCUGGCUGGAAGCCUCUUUUUGUGAAUGCAAAUGACCAGACAAAUGAGGGAAUUAUGCAUGAGGACAAGCCUAUUUUUACAGCACAGUUUUACCCAGAAGGCAAUCCAGGACCAACAGACACAGAGUUCUUAUUUGAUUCAUUUAUUUCACUGAUCAAGAAGGGAAAAGGGACACACAUUGCUUCGGUGCUGCCCAAGGCCACAGCUGCAACGUCGAGAGUUGAGGUUUCCAAAGUUCUGAUCCUAGGAUCAGGCGGUUUGUCCAUCGGUCAAGCAGGAGAAUUUGAUUAUUCUGGAUCACAGGCUGUCAAAGCCAUGAAGGAAGAAAAUGUAAAAACUAUCCUGAUGAAUCCCAACAUUGCCUCUGUUCAGACCAAUGAGGUUGGCCCAAAACAGGCUGAUACGGUGUACUUCCUCCCAAUUACGCCACAUUUCGUGACAGAGGUCAUCAAAGCAGAACGACCAGAUGGGAUCAUUCUUGGCAUGGGCGGGCAGACUGCUCUUAACUGUGGAGUAGAGCUGUUCAAACGUGGCAUUCUGCAGGAACAUGGAGUUAAAGUCCUUGGAACAUCAGUUGAAGCCAUCAUGGCCACGGAGGACAGGCAAAUGUUUCUGGACAAACUGACCGAAAUCAAUGAGCACGUUGCUCCCAGCUUUGCUGUGGAUUCUAUAGAAGAUGCUUUGGAAGCAGCAGAAAAAAUUGGUUACCCAGUCAUAAUACGUUCUGCUUAUGCUUUGGGUGGACUAGGAUCGGGUUUAUGUCUUGACAAGGAUCAGCUGCUGGAUCUUGGCACUAAGGCAUUUGCAAUGACCAAACAAAUUCUUGUGGAGAAGUCAGUAGUAGGAUGGAAGGAAAUUGAGUAUGAAGUUGUGAGAGAUGCAGCUGACAAUUGUAUCACUGUCUGCAAUAUGGAAAAUGUGGAUGCAAUGGGAGUGCAUACAGGAGAUUCCAUUGUAGUGGCUCCCAGUCAAACACUUUCAAAUGAAGAGCUGCAGAUGCUACGGGAAUCAACCAUCAAGGUUGUCCGCCACUUGAACAUUAUAGGAGAGUGUAACAUCCAGUAUGCCUUAAACCCUACUUCUCUGGAGUACUGCAUCAUUGAAGUUAAUGCGAGGCUCUCUAGAAGUUCUGCCUUGGCAUCAAAGGCCACAGGGUACCCGUUAGCAUUUAUUGCUGCCAAAAUAGCCCUUGGGAUUCCCUUACCAGAAAUUGAAAAUGUGGUAUCAGGAAAGACCACUGCCUGUUUUGAACCUAGCCUGGACUACAUAGUAACUAAGGUGCCCCGCUGGGACCUGGACAGAUUUCCAGGUGCCUCCAGUAAGAUCGGUAGCUCUAUGAAGAGCGUGGGUGAGGUUAUGGCUAUUGGGCGCACCUUUGAAGAGAGCUUUCAGAAGGCCUUAAGGAUGUGUCACCCUUCUGUUGAUGGCUUCACGGCAUGCCUGCCAAUGAACAAAGACUGGCCUUCUAAUGUGGAUCUCAGGAAAGACCUAGCUGAACCCUCCAGCAACCGGGUGUAUGCAAUGGCUAAGGCUUUGCAUGAGAAUAUCCCUGUGGAAGAUAUCCAUAAACUUACAGACAUCGAUAAGUGGUUCAUCUAUAAAAUGCACAAUAUUGUGAAAAUGGAGGAGCACUUGAAAGGUUUCAAUAGUGUGUCACUUCCAGAAGAAAGCCUGAGGAGAGCCAAGCAGAUCGGAUUCUCGGAUAAGCAGAUCGGGAAAUGCCUGGGAAUGUCUGAAGCACAAAGCAGAGAACUGAGGCUCAAGAAGAAAGUAACACCUUGGGUGAAACAGAUUGACACACUGGCAGGAGAAUACCCUGCUGUAACUAAUUACCUCUAUGUCACUUAUAAUGGCCAGGAGCAUGAUGUAAAAUUUGAUGACCGCGGAAUGAUGGUGUUAGGCUGUGGACCGUAUCACAUAGGAAGCAGUGUGGAGUUUGACUGGUGUGCCGUUUCUUGCAUCCGCACGUUGCGCCAGCUCCACAAAAAGACGGUUGUCGUGAACUGCAACCCAGAGACCGUGAGCACUGACUUUGAUGAGUGUGACAGGCUCUACUUUGAGGAACUGUCGUUGGAGAGGAUCUUGGAUAUCUACCAACGGGAGGACUGUGAUGGCUCCAUUAUCUCCGUAGGAGGACAGAUUCCAAAUAACCUGGCCAUGCCACUUUACAAAAAUGGAGUUAAAAUUAUGGGUACAAACCCGCUGCAGAUUGACCAGGCAGAAGACCGGUCUGUAUUCUCAGCUCUUCUAGAUGAGCUGCAGGUGGCCCAGGCACCUUGGAAGACCGUCGGUUCCUUGGACGAUGCAGUUGAAUUUGCGAACUUGGUUGGCUACCCAUGCUUGUUGAGACCUUCCUAUGUUUUGAGUGGUUCAGCAAUGAAUGUAGUAUAUACAGAAAAAGAGAUGAAAAAAUUCUUAGCAGCAGCAACUAGAGUUUCACAGGAGCAUCCUGUUGUAUUAACCAAAUUCAUUGAGGGAGCUCGAGAGGUGGAAAUGGAUGCUGUCGCAAAGAAUGGGAAGGUUAUCUGUCAUGCUGUUUCUGAGCAUGUGGAGGAUGCAGGCGUUCACUCUGGAGAUGCUACCUUGAUGUUCCCUGCACAGACAAUUAGCCAAGGAGCCUUGGAGAAGGUGAAAAUUGCAACCAAAAAAAUUGCAGAUGCUUUUGCUAUCUCUGGACCAUUCAAUGUUCAGUUUCUUGUCAGAGGAAAUGAUGUCUUGGUGAUCGAAUGCAACCUACGAGCCUCACGGUCUUUUCCGUUUGUGUCCAAGUCUCUUGGUCUGGAUUUCAUUGAUGUGGCUACUAAAGUGAUGACUGGGGAGCAAAUCCAUGAAUCUACUCUCCCUACACUGGCAAAACCCAUGGUUCCUUCAGACUAUGUGGGCAUUAAGGCGCCAAUGUUUUCCUGGCCUCGCCUGAGAGAUGUGGACCCUGUUCUCCGAUGUGAAAUGGCAUCCACUGGGGAGGUGGCCUGCUUUGGUGAAAAUGUCCAUUCUGCCUUCCUGAAGGCAAUGCUAUCGGCAGGAUUUAAGCUACCACAGAAGGGAAUUCUGCUUGGAAUCCAGAAUUCCUUCUGUCCCAAAUUCCUUGAUGAAGCACAGCAGCUGCAUAACCAAGGUUUCAAGCUUUAUGCUACAGAAGAAACCUUUAACUGGCUUCGUAACAACGAUGUUCCUGUACUUCCAGUUGCAUGGCCAUCCCAGGAUUGUGCAGACUCCACACUUCCUUCAGUCAGACAGCUCUUAAAAGAUGGGAACAUUGACUUGGUAAUUAACCUGUCCAAUAACAAUACAAAGUUUAUCCAUGACAAUUAUCUGAUCCGCAGAACAGCUGUUGACAGUGGAACCUCUCUGCUCACUAAUUUGCAGGUGGCAAAACUCUUCACUGAAGCUAUAAAACAUACUGGAAAACUGGACUCUAAAAGUCUCUUCCACUACAGAAGGUUUAAUGCCAGCACUGCAGCAUAGGAGAAGAAUCCAUUGACACGUCGUCUCGAUACUGAAGAGGAAUUAUUUUCCUGACCUACAGAUUUUCCCCAGUUUGGGGGAUUAUAGCUUUAAUUAAUGUCUUCAAAUGUCUCAUCUCCUGAUAUGGAGGCACUGUGACAAUCUGCAUAUUCCAUAUGCUGUCUCUUUGAAAAGACUGUAUUUGUGGAUAGUAUUCUUUUGCGUGGUUCCAUUGAAGUCUUCCACUGAAUUUCACGGGACUAGCUUCUGAGCACACAUGCAUAAAGUUUGGGUUGCAAAAUGGAAUCACAAAGGAGUAUGAAGUUUACUUAAAACGUGAAAGAAUAAAAUCAGUAUCUGUUCUAACCUUUGUCCUUCCUAAGCAUUUGUUCCUUUUCCUUUAAGCAAGUGAACAGAAUAUUCACAUGAUGGAACGAUUCCAGGACCAAGGUAUAUAGAUAUGAAAUAUUAUGAGGCACAGCAGAAUUAUAUUAGAUUUUAACAAACAAGCAAUCUGAUUUGCCUCUCCUCUGCUCCUCAUUGCAUAAUAGGAAACUCAAGCUGGAAUCCUGUUCAUCAAGGCAUAGUGUAAUUUUAUGCUGUUUCAAAUGUGCCAGGCAUUCUACCUGAGCAACUGGAACUGCGCAAGGUGCCUGCAUGCCUCUCAUUUCACCUGAUUGUGCACUGUGCUAGCAGAAGUGCUUUGUGGAUAGCACAUCUGCCUUGGCACAAAUGUAACUACUACAAGUGUAACACUGAGUUAUACCCAUGUGGCUAUGCAACAGGAUUUGAGCCACUGGCUUCUUCAGCCCAACCAACAAACAGAGGAAACCAAAAAGUCUCCCCAGGUGUUUUAUAGGUGGUUCAUGCUGGCCUUUAAAAGCUGAAUCUUUGCUUUUCACAAAGAUUCAUUCUAAAUCUGCCUUCGGUAGCCAGCGAACCAGUCAGAAAAUCCACAGUCUAGUUCAAAACUACCAUUUAUCUGUCAUAUACUCUUAAUCCAUUUUCUUCCUAACCACAGCUCAUUCUGAAGAAUUUCCUGCCCUCCCCUUUACAGUCAGUAAUCAGCCUUACCGUGCUUGAUUUACCUCAGUGAUAUUGCAAUCACUUGCUACAGAAUGUGAUGAAUGUGACAGGAACUGUUUCACGUAAAGAGAAUGACAGUUCACAGCCUUUUGGUGACAGCAGAUGACAGUAAUAGCACAGCUUCUUUUUGUUUCUUCUUUAUCCUGAAUCUGCCUGCUACCUUCUUUUAUGUAUUUGGGGCCGGUUUCUACUUUUUCUCAUUGUAUGAUGCAAGAGUGCCUCUAUGGGGCAUGCUUAUUAUUAAAAUAAUUCAUGUGGAAUGGU